GCUGCAGGAAAUGCUGUCAAGCGAGCAUCAGACAAUCUUGUCAGGGCAGCCCAAAAAGCAGCAUUUGGGAAAGCAGAGGAUGACGACGUUGUGGUCAAAACAAAGUUUGUGGGUGGCAUUGCUCAGAUCAUUGCAGCCCAAGAAGAAAUGCUGAAGAAGGAAAGAGAGCUGGAAGAGGCAAGAAAAAAACUGGCUCAGAUCCGCCAACAGCAAUACAAAUUUCUGCCCACAGAGCUGAGGGAAGAUGAGGGUUAACCUGCUGAGAUUUUUCUUCCUUUUUUUUUCCCCUUUUUUUUUUUUCUUCUUUUUUUUUUUUCUUUUCUUUUAAAGAAAUAAGCUAAAGGGGGACAGUACAGUGAGAACUGCUCUGACAACAUUCUGGUAUGCCAAGCACUUACCUAAAUAAACUGCCUGUCAUAGCUUUGGAUGAGCAGAGGGCAAUAAAUACUUGUUCUUUCUCAUCUGGUCAGCUGAGGUGCAUGAUGAUCAAAUAAUGGUACAGUGUUAGGUUCAUCAUUCCUGUUCCUUCCUUGACUUAUAUCUCAGGAGAGAAUGUUUCACUUUUUACUAAAGAUACUAAGUCAGUAUUAUUGUCACUUUCCUGAUGCUUGAGGCAUUUAUCGUUCCUUGACUUGUUAUAAAACAUUCAUAAUAUUAAUAGGAAAACAGUCAAGAAACCUUUCAUAUGAUGAAUAUCGUAUGAGCUGGUCGUUCUCCCCCAACUAACCCUUGUAAAAAGAAGACCAAGAUGGAGAAGGAUGUAUGUCUGAGUGGAGAAACACGCAUGAGUGUGGGUUUGAAGAAGAUGCCUGUCCUCUUUCAGUGUUAUAUAGCUGGUUCACCCCAAAACUGGAGGAAUUGUCUCUGCACCUGUUUGCACUAGUAGUAUUACUCCUUACCUGAUACCAACAAGCUUCUGCUUGUACAGUAUUUAGUUUUACAAAAUGUGGCAAUAGCCAUUCUUUAAAGAGCUCAGAAAACAAAGAAAUGGAAACCUUGUCACUGCCUCAAUAAUAGCAGAUUCAUGAAGGAAAAUGCUGUUUCAAUUAUAUACCUCUAAUGUGUGACUACUUUUACAGUAUUUUACACACAUACACAUGCUCUAACAUUGGACUGAAUAGUUUGCAUUUUGUUUUUUAAUUGAAGUUAUCUGGUUCGUACUGUGGGAUUUCUGUUAGAAUGUAUGUUAGUUAAAAAAGGGAAGUGCCCAGUACAACAAAAGACUAUCACAACUCUUGUUAUUCCUUUAAUAAUUUCAU